AUGAAAAGAAAAGAGGAACGAGAGGAGGAGGACCAGAGAAAAGCGUUACAGGUCAAAAGAAGAAGAAGAAGAAGUACAAUCAUAAUCAGCUGUUCGGGACACGAGUGCAAAACGGACGUGGGUGUCAUGUCUCCCCUUCUCUCCCUCCUCUCCUGCCUCCUGGCCUGUUCUGUGGGAUGGGCCGAGGGCAAGUAUGAGCCCACCUGGAGCUCCCUGGACUCGCGGCCACUGCCAAGCUGGUAUGAUGAGGCCAAGUUUGGCAUCUUCCUGCACUGGGGCGUGUUCUCCGUGCCAUCCUUUGGCUCUGAGUGGUUCUGGGAGCACUGGCAAGGUUCACAUUCAAAGCCGUACGUAGACUUCAUGAAGAAGAACUACCCGCCAAACUUCAGUUACCAGGAUUUUGGGCCCCAGUUCACGGCGGAGUUUUACAACCCCAAGGAGUGGGCGGAGCUGUUCAACGCCUCAGGAGCACGUUAUGUGGUGCUGACCAGCAAGCACCACGAGGGCUUCACACUCUGGCCCUCAAAGCACUCCUGGGGCUGGAACAGUCUUGAUGUGGGCCCAAAGAGAGACCUGCUGGGUGACCUCGCAUAUGCCAUAAAGUCACAUACACCACACAUCCACUUUGGGCUGUACCACUCCCUCUAUGAAUGGUUCAACCCUCUGUACCUGAGAGACAAGGCCAACCUGUUCCUCACCAAUGACUUUGUCACUCAGAAAACCCUCCCAGAGCUGUACGAGUUGGUCAACAUUUACCAGCCAGAUGUGGUGUGGAGUGACGGUGACUGGGAGGCCUUCGAUAAGUACUGGAAUGCCACACACUUCCUAGCAUGGCUGUUCAAUGACUCGCCUGUUAAUCAGACUGUGGUGGUCAACGACAGAUGGGGCAUUGGCAUCCCCUGUCACCAUGGUUCCUUCUACACCUGCCAAGACCACUAUGAUCCAGGAGUGUUACAGCCACACAAGUGGGAGAACUGUAUGACUGUUGACCGUCACUCUUGGGGCUUCCGCCGAGAGGCAGCUCUGGCAGAUUACCACACCAUCCACGAGCUACUCACAGAAUUGGCCUCGACCAUCAGCUGUGGAGGCAACAUGCUGCUGAACGUUGGCCCCACCAAGGAAGGCCGCAUCUGCCCCAUCAUGGAGGAGCGUCUGCGGCAGAUGGGCUCCUGGCUGGCCAUCAACGGGGAGGCCAUUUAUGGCAGCCACCCAUGGAAGAUCCAAAAUGACACCCAGACGCCUGGAGUCUGGUUCACCAGCAAGGGAGACACAGUAUACGCCAUCGUGCUAGAGUGGCCGCAAGAGAAUGUUCUGGCCCUUGCUUCUGUCAGAGACACGCCACAGACCAGCAUCACCCUCCUUGGCUACACCAGCACCCCGUACACCCUUGACGUCAGGUUCCGAGGGACGGAGGACGGGAUCAAGGUGAUGUUCCCCUCCAAGGCUGACGUCAAGGUGGAGUGGGCGUGGGUCCUGGCCAUGAAGAACGUCCUGCCAUCCCCCGGGGCACCCCCACCACCCACAGUCAUGUCCCAGCCACACCCCAGUGAUAUAUCAGAAGGUUAAAGUCAGACCGGAGGUGGGGAUGAGGGGGUCCUGAAGCCUCCAGCCAUGCCAGCACAAUUUAGGGAACACCAUAUACUCGUCUAAAUCUAAGUGUUGUUAAGAGUUGAUUCUUCAAGCUAUGGCAAGCCAUGAUGUGUUCGAUUAAGGUAAUAAAUUGAACUCCCUGGAAAAGUAGUACAUUCACAUAAAAGUCGACGUUCUAAUCUAUUGAAAAAUCUUUUAAUAACUAGACUUUACUCGUGCAUGCUCGGUAUGUUCACCAGUUUUUACACAGCCUUCCAUUUAGUACUCAUGUCAGAAUAAAACAUCUCUGGGAAAUUGAGUUGAGCUAUGAAAGUGAACUUAGAAUAAAGGAUGUUUAUAAGUAUAUUUUGGCUACCUUUCACUUUCAUAACUUAGUUCAGUUUUCAUGAGCAGUUUUCUUCCUGAUAUGAGUAUGAUGUUAGAAAGCAUACAAACUGGUGAACAUCUCCUUUGCAUUAACAUUCCAUUCUGUGACUUUUGACUUCUGACUCUCUGACCUUCUACUGACACUGCAAAGUCCAGGCACUCAGUUUUUUAAGGCUAUGUUUUGACUGACCUGCCUGAAAUGGAAAACCUCACAAAUUCACUCUGCAAGUGGGUAAUCUCUUUGGCCAACUGGUUUAGGAGUGUCUUUCCCAUCUCUCCAAUCGUGGGUUUGAUCCCUGGUGCCGGUAAAACCCUUUCUGAGUCUGGACUAAUUCGUCAUGUGUUUUGUGACAAGCAGAGGUCAUGUGGAGGAAUGAUAAAUUCAGUGGUAAUACAACUGUAAUGCUUACUUAAUUUUUGUUGGCCAUAUUCAAGCCAAAGCAUUAUUUCUAUACUUAAUGGAAGCUGUUUAAAAAGAAAUUAAAAAAAUAAGAAAUAUUAAUAAGUAAACAAGACCAGAAGUAAAAUAAAUAAGAAAAGGUUGUCAGUGCCUUUAACAAUUUGUACACACGAUUCCAGUUAAUAUUCAUAUAAAAAAAAUAUCUACUCUGGAAAAUGCAUUUGAAUUAGACCAUUAUCAAAACAAAAUAGCCAGUCUUUGCUCGAACCAAUGUUCAUUUUUGUAUCUCCGCCAAUCUUCAAGUGUUUUCUUUUCCUGAUGAACAUAAGUAGGGCACACAUACACUACCACCACUCAUCAUUGAAGAGUUAGGUUACUAAUGGCAGGUAUAGGAGUGCCUGAAUAACAUGGUGGAGCAGGUGGCGUGGGUUGGAGGGAGGAGGUGAAUGAUGCACAAAGCUGGGUGUGUUUUGUGGCUGACUGGUUGAGCUUAGGGAAGGAGAGGAUCAAAGGGUGCUCUAGUGAAGAGGGAGGGAGAGCAAAUAUGUUUUUAACCCGUGUGAUAAUUUAGUUUUAUCAUUAUUCUCUUAUAUGUAUAUAGAGUAUUGGCACAAGAAAUUUAUUUGAGUUGUUUUAUGUAUUUAUGUUUAUCUAGCUACCACAUCUUGGUAUAUCUCUGAUGCCCUGUUCCUCUAAGGAAGGAAAGUCUUCAAUUUUCUCUGCUCCUUCAGCUGCCAGUGCUCUUUCCAAUACUUUUUCCCUUUACUGAGCCCUUUUACUGAUGAUCUCCUUCAGUUCCAUUUCUCUCAGUCUUGUUAGGCAGCUUUAUAUCCAAAGUCACUCGUGUGGUUGUGACAGUCACAUAUGUCUAGCAUUUAAACAACAUAUUUAACAGGGUAUUUUGAAGACAAUCCCUUCAAAGUCAGACACAUGUACUAGGAAUAGUAUUAUCCCAGGCAUUUGGACCAGUUUCUUAUUAUGGUAUUUGAUGUAUCCUUAAUAUAUUUUCACCAAUUCAUAUUCAUCUUCCUAUUCAGUAUGUACAUACAUAUAAGGAAAAUGACUUCUAUGAGGCAUGAAAAUGAGCCAUUAUCAUAAUGAAGUAUUUUUAUAUUACAUUCUUUUGACAUUUAUUUUUAUACCUCAUCUUGUUUUUCCAGGGCAUGUUUCCCCCUAACUGAGUGGUACCUGGAAUGGUCCUCAUGAAUUGGCUAAUCUGUCCCAUUGCGUGCAUGGUGUAAAAGAGUUGAGGAGGGUUGACAUGCCCUGGAACAUUUGUCCUCACACUGACUGGCAGUCAUGAGUCCAGCACACGAUCAGACCGUGGUGAAUGACACACUUGAGGCCCACUUAGUAACAAAGCACAACAGAUUCACGUCAACAGGUUUAUUCAGUGUUCACAGGUUGCUACACACCAUUUAUCUUUUGUGUAGAGAUAUCAGUGUUGUUAUAAUGUUGAAGUAUUGCUCUCAGUGACAAAUCUCCUUAAGACAGUGCCCAUAGAAGGUGAAUUUCAUGUUUCUCUUCAGUAUUACAAGUAAUUACUUACAAAAUAUACUUACAGUUCUAAUCCCCUUUGACUGCACUCUGUUCAUUCAGUUUGUACUGCACUGUUUGCAGAGUAGGCUACGUGUGUUCUUUUAUACAACAAAUAUGGUUCAGGUGGAGCUGCAGUUUGUACAAGGUUCACCAAGGGUUUGAAAUACAUAUCUACCGUAGUGUGCCAUUUCACAAGACUUUUAGUCCAUAUACUCUGCUGUCACAGUUUGAUAUGUAAUACAUAUUUCAGAGGUAAAGUAUCUGAGGGAUAUGCAUAUUGUUAUGAUGAUGUAUUCAGGACACAGGUUGCAAUAAAAACCCAUACAUA